CUGCUUUGACUGCGGCCGGUCGCGGGAAUCCACGCCCCAGUCUCACGCGUCCGUAUCUAUUACGUACCAUUUUGUUCUAUUGAGACCGGUAUUUUAUGAAUGCAAUUUAUCAAUACAAAAAGGAUUUUGCGAUUGCAGUGCGUGCAGUACCAAUUUUUUAGUAAGAGGUGCGUUUGUUUUGUGUCAAACUGAGGUUAUUUGCGUAUUUUUUGCACGGGUGUGCGUGCGGCGACGGGGCGGAGACGCCGACAUUGAGCAGAGUGUGCUCGGCCGGGCCGUCGCGACGGCAUACUCGGCUCGGCAGACAUGUUUCGGUCGCGGCCGGAGCGCGUCGUGCGUGCAGGCGCGUAGGGUCGCUCGUGACAUGCGCCUGCGGAGCCGCAACGACAGUGGAGGUGAUCGAACAUGGAUGUAGUGACGCCGCAUAUCACCUCCGUGCUGAAGACAUACCAGGCGAGCGCGCCGCGCAGCCUGCAGGGCCCGGGCUGCGGGCGCGCCGAGCCUUGCGGCGACGCGCCGCCGCCGCCACCGCCGCCCGCCGCUCCGCCGAUCCUGCUCGCCGCCGACACCGUGCUGGGCGAGCGAGGCGAGACACUGCUAGAGGGCGAACCCAUCUCAUGCUUCAGCGUGGGUGGCGAGCGGCGGCUAUGCUUGCCACAGAUCUUAACUUCGGUGCUGACGGACUUCACGUUAGAACAAAUCAACCGCGUGUGCGACGAACUGCAGAUCUACUGUUCUCGGUGCACGCCUGAGCAGCUGCAUGAGUUGAAGUCGACGGGGGUGCUGCCCAAGUCAGCACCAUCGUGCGGCCUCAUCACUCAGACGGACGCGGAGCGGCUGUGCGCGGCACUGCUGCACGCGCCAGCCGCCUCGCGCCCGCACAAGUUGCCGGGCUUCCGGGUCUACCACGAGUGCUUCGGCGGCGCGCGCGGCGUCUGCGCCGUCGACCUCAACUUAGUGCAGUGUUUGGAAUGUCGAUCUCUAUACACUCCUCGCCGCUUCGUGUGUCAUUCGCACGAGUCGGAGCACCGCACUUGCCAUUGGGGCUUUGACUCGUCGCGAUGGCGACGCUUCCUGCUGGUGGCCGAGGAGGAGUUAGACAAGGAGAAGUGUGGCGCGCUGCUGGACGAGCUGGCCGCGCGGGAUGUGGCGCCAGCUCCCGCGCUUCCUCCAGUACCGCUCAAACAGCAGAGUUUACCGUUGAAAAGAAAACAGGUGGUGGAGACAGUGGUGUGUAAGCCGGAGCCGCCGGAGUCUCCGCCGAAGAAGGUGCGCAGCGAGGACUACACAACGUACGCGCUGUUACUGGACCCGUACGCACUGCACUACCGCGCGCUCUCCGCCUUCCGACCAUGGGACAAGCGCGAGCCCGUGCUGCAGCACCCCGAGCGCGUGGUGCGCGUAGCAGACUGCACCUCCUUCGAGCGCGACUACCAGCCCAACGUGGCGCUGAAGCCGCUCACUCCGCCAGUGGACGAUGUGACUUCGUCCACCUCGCCGCCGCCGCACAGUGACUCGGAACUGGCAGCUCGGCUGCUGGACGCGGAGGCGCGGCUGGCGGAGCGCGCGCGGCAGCUGGACGAGCGCGAGGCGGAGCUGGCGCGGCGCGCGGCGCGGCUUGAACAGCGCGAGGUGGAGCUGGCUCGGCGCGAGCAGGCGCUGGGCGAGCGGCCCGCGCCGCCGCAGCCCUCGCCGCCUAAGCUGGAGGAGGCCGAGCCGCCGCCGUGUUGACCUACGCGCGUCAUCACCCGGCUGCGCUCUCAGUGACUCGCGAUGAACGCUCAGUGACAUUGCGUCUCAGUACACACAGUACAAAGCCAGGAGGUGCUGACCCGAUCACGAAGUACGCUCGCGUACGCGGCACCGUGUAAAUAUUUUUCUCUACUUGGAUAUUGUUGAUCUUUGAAACCGAGUCGAUCGAGACCUCUUUCUAUUUAUACUGUUUUGAAUAAUUUUAUGUGGCGACACCUGUUUCGGUGUUGCCACGGUGUGCAGAUUCAAUGAGAGAAUCGUUUUUACCACAGAUUAUACAGUAGCAUGAUGCAGAUAAAAAAUAGUUGUACAUAAUCAUAUCAAGUACAGUUUUAUGAAAUUAGUUUUUUGUACAAUAUACAGUUUUUCUUGUAGUCUCUUCAACGUGUGCCAUUCUGAGGUACGUCUGUUACCUUUUCAUAUAACCUCAACUCUGUGCUUUUCCAAUACCUUAUUAACAAAAUACUCACAUAUAAUAUAAUAUAGUAAAAUAGUUAUAAAACUACAACCAUAAGCAUAAUUUAUACAGGGUUAUUUUUAAGAUUUAUUUGCAAUAUCUGUGUACAUACAAUAAGCAAUAAUAUCAGCGUUUUAAGUUAUCUUCUACUCGUGUACAGUACAUAAACUUAUUAUAAACUUCAUGUUCCGGAAUAGUAAGAAGUAGAUACGAUCAGUGGGCGGUCUUACACUAUAAAUCACUUGAUAAUCACGUUAUUACUUAUAAAGCUCAUUGUACACGCGAUAUAAUAGACCCAUUACGUAAAUCAUUAAACAUUUUGAUGGUGUAAUAUCGACCUGCCUCCGACAUUUUGUUCUGCGUCACUUUCGUUUGAAUAAAUAACUCUGUAUAAAACCUCAGCCAUACCAAAUAGUAAUAAUAUUUGAAACACAUACUUGCAUCAUACCUCUUAUAUGUUAAAGGUUGUAUGGAAACCACGUGGAAAUAAGUUUAUAUUUGUUUACAGACACAAGCCAAUUGUAGAAGGAAUGAGGCACAUUCGUAAUGUUUAUAGUUAAUCGAUGAGAUUUUGUUGUGUCAGCUCUACAGGAACUUUUGUUCUUUCGUCUGUCCCUCUUUAGAGCUGUGAGUUAAAGAAAAUAUUAUUCUGGCUUCUAUAGCCGACAGUGGACGUCUUCCACCUGUUUUAAUCUAAUACUAUGUCUUCAGGAUUUUUGUAAUAAUUUUAGUGCAGCGGCAUAUUGAUAACCAUUGGUCCCACUUACUGGUUUGUAACAGGCACAGGCAAUCAUGUAAAGAAGAGUUUCAUAUUGUGUUUUAAAUGUUAAAGUUUUACUGAACUUGCGGCCUAACCAGGUUUGCACCCAUAACAAAUUUUGCCACUGUAUUGUUAUGCCACUGAAUUAAAAUUUAAAAAUAUUUCAUUCAAUCAUAUCUGAUCCGUACACGACUCGCAGCUCGGGGACAGUUGUUAAUAUUUCGUAAGUUAUAGCUAUUCUAGUAGAGUUCAGGCCAACAAAAUUAUCUUUAAAUAAGGGUGUAUCCCGCAGUCUACCUCAUUGUACAUAAAAAUUUAUUGGUCUAAAUUAAGAAAAACUAUGUAAGACACUGAUUUUCAUUUAGAUUCUAUUCUAUUCAACAAAUUGUUUUUUUAUCGAGCAAUAAUUUUUAAUUGUGGUGGAAUAAUCACUGCCUGAUUCUUGUAAUGUGUUAGGUUUUGUAUUUAAAAAAAAUUGGUUGUCAACAAGUGGUCUUUGGUGGUGUUCGGAAACUGUUUGGACUCAUGGACAUUGGUCAUUCAGCCUCCAUGGUGUUACAGUCUACAUGUAGAAGAACACACCGUAAAUUAAAUUCCUAAUUGGUUCGGUCGAUAAUAAAAUAAUAAUUAUUGUAAUUUUACAUUGUCAUCACAAGCUUUGAUUAUCUUUAGUUUUCUUCCAAGACAUAAGUCUUUUCGUAGCAUUUUAAUUUAUUGAAAUCUUGUGAUUUUUACGUCGUAAACAAAAGUUUAACGAGUGAUGAGUUUUUAAAAUAUUUUUAAGAACUCAAAGAAAUGUUAUGUAAGUAGGUAUUGUCGAUAACCGAAAUGCGGCUGACGGACUUUUACGUUUAAAUAUAAUUUAUAUACGUUUUGUAAUAAAUUUGAGCCACGCGUUUUAGCCUUUGCCAGUAACAGUGCAUUUUGAUUUAGUGCAUAUUUUUUGUGACUGAGCAAUUUAUUAUUUAUGUAACUUGUGUCAACGGGCACUUAUUUCGGAUGAUUUAUGUUCGGACUUGUGUGAUUAUAAGCUAUGACCUCAUGGCGCCUCGAGUUAUAUAUAUUUUUCAUCUGGUACGAACAAACUAAUUUAUCAGGCGGUCAUUAAAUCUUAAGAUAAUAAUUAGCAUUGGAUUUGCAUAUGAAAUACUAAUUUUGUUUUAAAUUAUCAAUUUGCUAUAAUAUUGAAAAAAUAUUUAACAUCAAGGUACCAGUUUACAUUCAUUCUCUAAGUACAUCACCAUUCAGUAUUUUUGUUUGUUUAAAUUCCUAUUUUUUUAGUUGAACUGCUAUUGCCAAAAUGUUCAUACCAGAUUUGAGGCGAUUUUGUAAAAUAAAUCCCAAUCACAUCUUUGUUUUUUAAAUUAUGUAGCGAACUGAAGGAAUCGUGGAUAUGUAAGAAAGGGUUGUACAUUUUUUAUGGAAGUUGACAUAACCAUUUGCUUGUCACUAUCGCGUAAAGAAUAAUCUUGGGAAUAUCUAAAAUGGCCGACGCAAUGUGGCGGGAAAUUGGUUAAGUCAAAUUCUAUCCCCUUUUAUUCCAUGAAAACUAUAUUAUAAAUAUUUCACGACAUUAAUUGGCAGCAUAAUUUAUUAUUUUAUAAAAUAUCGUGAGAUUUGCAAACUAUUUUGUGAUCUCUUUUCUCGUUAAAGAUACAUUUUUCAAUUCGUUAGCUGAACAUCGCCGGGGUAAAGAGAAUCCAUCAAAUCGAUUGAGUUGUGAAAUAUGAUUUCACGGAGUGACUUUGGCUAAGCUCAAAUUGUAGAAAUGAAAUCGAAACGAUUUUCCUUUUGACGAUAUUUUUCCUUCGAAGAGUGCUAUGUUACGUAGUUAGUUGUUAUAUAAUAAGAUUUCAGUUUUAGAAUAGGUUAUAUCUCUAGUCAGAGACACUUUGAAAAAAAUAAAUUACCAUUUACUUAUUAAUAUAUAUUAUUCAAUAUAGGUACCGUAAGCGAGUGUAAUAAGAAUAACUUAUUGUUUUAAACAUUUAAUAGUGUACAUUAGAAAUGGACUGCAUGUCAUUAUAUUAUAUAAGGUACCUCAUAUAUAUGUAUAACUAUAUAUAUUAUUGUGAAACUUUUCUGUCAGUACUGUUGUUGGAUAAUUUUGGUGCUACAAUGUUUUGGCUUGGCUAACUUAGUAAUUAAUUGUAUAUAUUUUAGUAUUUAUUGGCGAAUAUUUUGGUUCUACUAAUAUUUCUUUUCGUUUUUAAAUGACUUAUUAUUUUAAAAGUAAUAGUUCAAUGAAAAUCUAUUUUGGGUUUGCGAUAUUAAAACUUGAGGAAAAAAUUGUCGUGGCUAAGCCAUUUUUAACCUUAAAUGACGCUUUAAUUAUUAGCGUAGGUAUUCUAUUGUAUCGAUGGAAAAGUUUCAAAUGAACUCUCACUGUCUUGAUGCAAAAUUUUAUAUACGGAUGGUGCUAAAGGACUAAUCGUGACUAUAUUCUACUUCUAAAGACAAACUCUGUAGGUUGUAUUCUUUUUCAUUUCGAAAGAGUGUUAUUUUUUUAGUGUCUCCUAUAAAGGCAGUGAGAGCGAAGAUAUUGUAAAUAUUUGUUUUAUUGUACGGUACGAAGCUAUGUAUGGAUGCCAGGCUGUUGUAAACUAUAAAAUACUUGACGCUGCAAACUGUGUCUUCUCCUCAGCCAGCUAGGGCUUGUGACAGGGGAAUGAGACAAAGUUUCUCGCGUAAUUGGUGAUUUGCCAGGGUAUUCACGUACUCUGUGAUCUCAUGUAUGAUUGUUAUACAUCAGUUUAUAAAUACGUUAACGUGAAAAGUCGCAAAAACUAAAGUAUCAAGAAUAUAUAUAUGUAUUGCUUUAUACGCGUAGCAAUUUGUUUCACUAGAUGGUGCUGAGUUGAUUUGCUUGCUCAUCCACUGCUGUAUUCGUAAUCUUCCUGUACUUACGUCACUUUGAUAAACAAUUUACUGCCUUUCCUAAACGAAGAAAAGAUUAAUUGAUGGACAAUCAUAAAUGACUUGAGAUUUAAUAAUAUUAUUAACAAAAAAAGUAUCGAGUGUUGUUUUGUUUUGUGCCAAUAUUUGUUGUGAAGUGCACGGUGGUAUGAUCUUAGGAAUGGCAUUAAAUUCUGCAAAAAAUAGAUUCAAGGGAAGCAUAUUGAUUUCGUUAAAUACCAACGUUCUAAUAAGGCUGUAAUUACAACUGCAUUAAAUUAUCUCAAUAAUUAUUUUAACAACCUUGACAGUUAACCAGGUGAACGAAUGAUUGGCGCCAUUUUUUAGAGAUUACGUCAUCAAAAUAAAGCAACGUCCUAUUACUGUGUUAGUAGAGGACUUAUUAUGUUAUUUUACAUAACAUUUUAUCAACAAAAUAUGAGAUAUUUACUCUCAUAAGUACGUAAUAAAAUAAUGUUACAAACGAUAUAUUUCUUCAAUCAUUAUUGUCUUGCCCAUUUACACUGUUUUUAUUUUAUUUUUAUUUAAUGCCUGAUGUCGGUGUAGCUGGCAAGAUGUCUAGGACUUUAAAACAUUAUUAUUUACAGGGAUAUGGAGUAGAUAUAUCGUUUGUAACAAAAUUAUCAUUAUUUGCGACUGUAUUAAGAUAAGGCGGCAUGUCUUAGAGAAACGGCCUGAUUAUGAAUUGUGUGUGUUUAUAUCAGAAAAUAUAAGUUGCUGCUUCGAACCUCUAAUCCAAUGAAACAUUCCUGUUUAUUGGAUUAUGCAAAAAUAUUUUUCUUUAUACUGACAGUGGAAAAAUCAUUGUAUAUUGUAAAGUACCUGAUAGAUUAGAGAUUUAUGAUUAUAAUAAAUAAAGGUUCUGUUAUGCACACACAUGUUCGUAACAUGUGGUUUCGUAAGUGUGUUUUUACUUGAAAAUAAAAAAAGCUUAUAAGUACCUACCUUGUGGAGCAAUAAAAUGAAAUGAUUUCCAA